CUCACUGCCCAGUCCUCUCCCACACCCCUUUCAAGACAGAACUGAGUGAAUUCUCUCCUGCUUUCCCAAACCCUUCUUGGCUGAAACCUCUUCCAAUUUCACCCUGUAAACACCUGAUAUGAGCAGCUGAACUGGGAGGGGCCAGAAAGCUCUUCAUAGCUUCAGGGGGGUGGAGGUAAACAGAAAAACUGUAUAUAUGGAGCUUUGAGACAGAUUUCCAAAGUACAGAGACUGACAGGAGAGGGCUGAAAAAAAAGCUACUUCUUCAGGCUCCACCUUCAGAGACUGACUUCACUGGAAGGAAGUUAGGUACCAGUCUGCUGGAGGACUUGCUGAAAGUUUCAUAGCUACCCCAGCUGCACUCAGACUACUCACAGGCAGCUGGAAGUUUUCUGUUGCUGUAAGCAAAAAUGCCAGCAAGAUCCAGUGCCCAGCUGGCAUGGCUCUGCUUUGUCACUGUGUCUGUGGCAAUCUACCCUGCAAUGCUGCAGAAGCCUCCUAAAAGGAGAACAAUCAAUGGGAAUGCACAGUCCAAGAUGACAGCCUGCUGCGACGAGAUCAAGGAGCUCAAGCUGCAAGUAGCCAACCUCAGCAGAAUGCUGCAAGAGCUGAGCAAGAAGCAGGAAGGUGACUGGGUGAACGUGGUGAUGCAGGUGAUGGAGCUGGAAGGGAGCACCAAGCAGAUGGAGUCUCGCCUCAUUGACGCCGAGAGCAAAUACUCCGAAAUGAACAACCAAAUAGACAUCAUGCAGCUGCAGGCGGCUCAGACCGUCACACAGACUUCAGCUGAUGCUGUCUAUGACUGCUCAUCACUCUACCAGAGGAACUACAGAAUUUCUGGUGUUUACAAGCUACCUCCUGAUGAAUUUUUGGGGAGUCCAGAUCUGGAGGUGUUUUGUGACAUGGAAACAGAUGGAGGUGGCUGGACUAUCAUCCAGAGGCGUAAAGUUGGUUUGACAUCUUUCAACAGGGACUGGAAACAAUACAAGGAUGGAUUUGGCAAUAUUAGGGGAGAUUUUUGGCUGGGAAAUGAAAAUAUCUACAGACUCUCAAGACGCCCCACUGUUCUGAGAGUGGAGUUGGAGGACUGGGAAGGCAACGUCCGCUACGCGCAGUACCAGCAGUUCACCCUGAGCAACGAACUCAACAGCUAUCGGCUCUUCGUGGGCAACUACACCGGCAACACAGGGCGCGACUCCCUGCGCUACCACAACAACACAGCCUUCAGCACGAAGGACAAGGACAAUGACAAGUGUGUGGAUGACUGUGCCCGGUUCCGUAAAGGUGGCUACUGGUACAACUGCUGCACAGAUUCCAACCUGAAUGGGGUUUACUACCGCAAGGGAGAGCACACCAAGAACAUGGAUGGCAUCACCUGGUAUGGGUGGCACGGCUCAACCUAUUCAUUGAAGAGAGUUGAGAUGAAGAUCCGGCCAGAGGACUUCAAACCAUAGAGGGAACCAGGAUUUGUUUGUACAGCUAUGUGAUGCCACUGGUGAAGGUGGGCAACGGAGAGCUCCAACUCACCCAGAUAAACGCUCAUUUCAUCUAAUAUGUGCAACAGCUACAUACUGGCUAUGAACACAGAGGCACACUAAGCACCUGCCACAGCCACUAGUGUCAUCAGGGCUCAAAAUUAUUUCCUCCUCUUAUGACUCUUUCCAAAGGGAAAAACGCUGUAUUAGAAUAGGUUAGGAGAGAAUGCACUUACAGCACCUUCAGAACACCCACUGCUGUAUUAACACUAGCAUUGUGACUGGUGAGUUGCCUUAGCAUUAACCAGCCAGACAGGGACUGAAAAAAGGCCUUUUUGUCACCUUUACUUUAGUGUCUAAAAGAAGCAUCCCUCCUUCCAAGCGGGACUCACAUCACAAAAUAUUCAUUUCAUACCAGAGGAAUCAAUCAGAAGUGCCCCUGAUGCACCUGUUUUUAGUGUACAGUAAGUGGCUUACAUUUCCACGCAGGAAAAAAGCAAAGCUGAAAAGUUUUGGAUCAAUUAGGAUUGCCCAGGUUCCCUCCUGAAGUUUUACUGCCAUCUCCUACUGCUGCCUCAAGUAGGUCCCCACAGAAGUCUGCACCCAGAAGACAGUAACCCUGGAGGAAGGAUUUCUCCUGUAUGCUCUGUGAUGCUUAUUCCUAUCCACAGAUCACCCAAAGGCUGGUGAAUUACAAAGCAACUUACUGGGCUGUCACAAAAUUGUGUUCAG